CAGCAUAAUCACGGAUAAGGCUGUACUAUUUUUAUUGCUAUUAAUAUUUGUUGAUAAAACAAUGGCUUGGCGGUCCGUGGGAGCCAAUAAUGCAGAUCUAAUACGACAACUAAGAGAGUAUGGCGUAAUAGCAACAGAGGCUGUGGCCCAGGCCAUGAUUGCAACAGAUCGAAAAUUCUAUUCACCCCGAAAUCCGUAUAUGGAUGCACCACAAAGUAUUGGCCAUGGUGUUACAAUAUCAGCACCUCAUAUGCAUGCCUUUGCUUUGGAAUAUUUACGAGAUCACAUGAAGCCUGGCUAUCGAGUUCUUGAUGUUGGUUCCGGUUCAGGUUAUCUAACGGCAUGUUUUUGGCGUUAUUUAAAAGCUCAAGAGGGUGAUCAUGAAAAUACACGGGUUGUGGGUAUUGAACAUCAAGCUGAGUUGGUUCGGCAAAGUAUUGCCAAUUUAAAUAUCGAUGAUGAUACGAUGCUCAAGUCGGGAAAACUUAUAAUAGUGGAGGGUGAUGGCCGCAAAGGUGCUCCUGAAUAUGCCCCUUUUAAUGCCAUACAUGUUGGUGCUGCCGCCCCCGAAACACCGAAAGCUUUAUUGGAUCAAUUAGCCAAGGGUGGUCGUCUAAUUGUACCAGUGGGACCGGAAGGUGGAGAACAGUAUAUGAUGCAGUACGACAAAGAUGAAGCCGGCAAAGUCCAUCCGACACGCCUUAUGGGCGUUAUGUAUGUUCCCCUUACCGAUUUAAGGCGCUCCUGACUUCUCCAAGCCCUCAAAGUGGCAAUUGUAUUAUUUUUAUGUGGACUUGUUGCAUACCGUUUCUGGAUAUGGCUAAGAUA